CGCCGCGUGCCCCCGGACCGGCCCCCGGACCGGCCCCCGCGGCCCGAGUGCGCCCACCUGAGCCGCUCCGCGCCCACCUGAGCCCGCGCGCCGGCGCCAUGGCGGAGCAGGAGAGCCUGGAGUUCGGCAAGGCGGACUUCGUGCUGAUGGACACCGUCUCCAUGCCCGAGUUCAUGGCCAACCUCCGGCUCAGAUUUGAAAAAGGACGCAUCUACACUUUCAUUGGAGAAGUCGUUGUUUCCGUGAACCCUUACAAGUUGUUGAACAUCUAUGGGAGAGACACUAUCGAGCAGUAUAAAGGCCGUGAGCUGUACGAGAGACCGCCUCAUCUUUUUGCCAUCGCCGAUGCUGCUUACAAGGCCAUGAAGAGGCGAUCGAAGGACACUUGCAUUGUGAUAUCAGGGGAGAGCGGAGCUGGUAAAACGGAAGCCAGUAAGUACAUCAUGCAGUACAUCGCGGCCAUCACCAACCCCAGCCAGCGAGCGGAGAUCGAGAGAGUGAAGAAUAUGUUGCUGAAGUCCAACUGCGUCCUGGAAGCUUUUGGAAAUGCCAAAACCAACCGCAAUGAUAACUCAAGCAGGUUUGGAAAAUACAUGGAUAUCAACUUCGAUUUCAAAGGGGACCCUAUUGGUGGACAUAUCAAUAACUACUUAUUGGAAAAGUCCCGAGUGAUUGUGCAACAACCAGGGGAAAGAAGCUUUCAUUCUUUCUAUCAGCUACUGCAAGGAGGUUCAGAGCAGAUGCUGCACUCACUACAUCUCCAGAAAUCCCUUUCAUCCUACAACUACAUUCGUGUCGGAGCCCAAUUAAAGUCAUCUAUCAAUGAUGCUGCAGAAUUCAAAGUAGUAGCUGAUGCCAUGAAGGUAAUUGGCUUCAAACCUGAGGAGAUUCAAACAGCGUAUAAAAUUUUGGCCGCUAUUCUUCACUUGGGGAAUUUAAAGUUUGUGGUGGAUGGUGACACGCCUCUGAUUGAAAAUGGCAAGGUUGUGUCAAUCAUAGCGGAACUGCUGUCGACCAAGACGGACAUGGUGGAGAAAGCCCUCCUUUACCGGACGGUGGCGACGGGUCGAGAUGUCAUCGACAAGCAGCACACGGAGCAAGAAGCCAGCUACGGCAGGGACGCCUUCGCCAAGGCUAUCUAUGAGCGCCUUUUUUGUUGGAUUGUUUCUCGCAUCAACGAUAUCAUUGAGGUCAAGAGCUCUGACACCACGACCCACGGGAAAAACACGGUGAUUGGCGUCUUGGAUAUCUACGGCUUUGAGAUCUUUGACAACAACAGCUUUGAACAGUUCUGCAUCAAUUACUGCAACGAAAAGCUCCAGCAGCUGUUUAUCCAGCUGGUCCUGAAGCAGGAACAAGAGGAGUACCAGCGGGAGGGGAUCCCCUGGAAACACAUCGAUUACUUCAACAAUCAGAUCAUCGUGGACCUGGUAGAGCAGCAGCACAAGGGGAUCAUUCCAAUCCUAGAUGACGCCUGCAUGAACGUGGGCAAAGUCACCGAUGAAAUGUUCCUGGAAGCACUGAACAGUAAACUGGCCAAACACGGUCAUUUUUCUAGCCGGAAGCUCUGCGCCUCGGACAAAAUCCUGGAGUUUGAUCGAGAUUUUCGAAUCCGACAUUACGCCGGGGACGUGGUCUAUUCUGUCAUUGGUUUUAUCGACAAAAACAAAGACACUUUAUUUCAAGAUUUCAAACGCCUGAUGUAUAACAGUUCAAAUCCUGUGCUGAAGAAUAUGUGGCCUGAAGGCAAACUGAGCAUCACAGAGGUGACCAAGAGACCCCUGACCGCCGCCACCUUAUUUAAGAAUUCUAUGAUUGCCUUAGUAGACAACCUUGCAUCAAAGGAACCAUAUUACGUACGUUGCAUCAAACCCAACGACAUGAAGUCCCCGCAGAUAUUUGACGACGAGCGCUGCCGGCACCAGGUGGAGUACCUGGGACUCCUGGAGAAUGUGAGGGUGCGCCGGGCAGGGUUCGCCUUCCGCCAGACGUACGAGAAGUUUCUUCACAGGUACAAAAUGAUCUCUGAGUUCACCUGGCCCAACCAUGACCUUCCUUCAGACAAAGAGGCUGUUAAGAAACUGAUUGACCAUUGUGGUUUUCAGGAUGAUGUAGCUUAUGGGAAAACCAAAAUUUUCAUUCGAACACCCAGAACAUUGUUUACCUUGGAAGAACUCCGUGCCCAGAUGCUCGUAAGGAUUGUCCUCUUCCUACAAAAGGUGUGGCGGGGCACCCUGGCCCGCAUGCGGUACAAGAGGACCAAGGCGGCUCUGACAAUUCUCCGAUACUACCGUCGCUACAAAGUCAAGUCGUACAUCCAUGAGGUGGCCAGACGCUUCCAGGGCAUCAGGACAAUGAGGGACUACGGCAAGCACGUGAAGUGGCCGACCCCACCUAAAGUUCUCCGCCGUUUCGAGGAGGCCCUGCAGGCCAUUUUUAACCGAUGGAGAGCAUCCCAGCUCAUCAAGACUAUACCUGCUUCAGACCUGCCCCAGGUGAGGGCGAAGGUUGCAGCCGUGGAGAUGCUGAAGGGUCAAAGGGCUGACCUUGGGCUCCAGAGGGCCUGGGAGGGCAACUAUCUUGCUUCGAAGCCAGAUACACCUCAGACCUCAGGCACUUUCGUCCCCGUCGCAAAUGAACUGAAACGGAAGGACAAAUACAUGAACGUCCUCUUCUCCUGUCACGUCCGUAAGGUGAAUCGAUUUAGUAAGGUGGAAGAUCGAGCAAUUUUUGUCACUGAUCGUCACCUGUAUAAAAUGGAUCCCACUAAGCAUUACAAAGUGAUGAAGACCAUCCCUCUGUACAAUUUGACUGGUCUGAGCGUCUCCAAUGGAAAGGACCAGCUUGUGGUGUUCCAUACCAAAGACAACAAAGACCUCAUUGUCUGCCUCUUCAGCAAACAGCCAACCCACGAGAGUCGAAUUGGAGAACUGGUUGGAGUCCUGGUGAAUCAUUUCAAGAGUGAGAAGCGCCACCUUCAAGUCAACGUCACCAACCCCGUGCAGUGCAGCCUGCACGGCAAGAAGUGCACCAUCUCCGUGGAGACGCGGCUCAACCAGCCACAGCCCGACUUCACCAAGAACCGCUCGGGCUUCAUCCUCAGCGUGCCCGGCAACUGAUGCUCCGUGGAGCGGGGGCCGCCCAGCCCAGCACCCGGCACCCGGCACCCGGCACUGUCACCGCCAGAAGCCCACUCGCUCACCAGGGUCGUGCUGGGAGGGGCCCCUGCCUCUUACGCGGCUCCUCUCGGAGGUCUUUCCCCACCUCCCCCUGGCUUUCUGCAUUUGUUCUCCAUCUUCCUCUGUCCUGACCAUCCACAGCCCCCUCAAGAAAACAAACCAAAGACCCCUGUGCCCUGCCUGGCCCCCGGAGACCCCCAGACCCCAGCUCCUCUCAGAGGCGCCUCCCGUCAGCGAAGGCUGCCGGGAUGGCCAGGUCAGGUCAGCCUCCCCAGCCGACCCGGUGACCGCGGCUGGCCCCACGAGGGGAGGGUUGGGGAGCCCGGAUGCAGUUUCCAACCAAAGAUGUGCCCCGGGUUAGGGGAGAUGAGCUGAGGAGGUAGUCCUGCUCCCUCCCUGGGCCCAAGCGGUCGCCCUCCUCCGCAGGGUGAUGGCAGGCCCUGUGCCCUGGUUCUGGGAGCUUCUCAGAGCUCCUUGAGGACCCCCUCCCCCCCAGCAGCCACCAAAGCUACCAGGUGAGCGGGUUCACCUGUAGAGCCAGCCUCUCAGCCCAGGAGCCUCUGGUCAGCAAAACCACCGCACCCACCAGCAGUCUGCCCUGCCCGGUGCCUGCCCCCACCCCCACCCCCCGGCCACCCCCUCCAGGGAUCAUCUUACUGAACCGCACAGCCUGGGCCCACACUUGUCUUACACUUACAUUUACAGUUUGCAGGGUGGUCAGUCAGACACCACGUCCGCUGUGCCCACACUGGUGUCAGGAACACUAACAAGAAGAUGGCAUCGGGGGGCUGGGGAGCACUUGGGGGGCUUGCAAGUUUUCCCCUUCCAACACCUCGGCCUCAUACAUAUUUGGAAAAGUAGGACUGGGGCAGAAGGGGAGGAGUACACAGGAAUUUGGGGCAGUGGAGCAACAGAAAACAGAGCGAGGGGCCCUGGCACUGCAGGCCAGGCCAGGAUGCCCACCCCGGCCCUGCACAGAAACCCCCGACCCCGCAGCCGGGGCCCAGGCCGCCAGGCACAUGGAGCGCGCUGGGCCUUGCCGGCCCCCGCCCGGUCACAGCACGUGUGCCCCGGACGCCAUCCUCAGCCCGCCCUCCUCCCGGCCUCGGCUGAGCAGCAGGCCGCACACCUCAGGGCAUCCGGGGCCUCCCAGCCGGGAGCCAUUACACUCAGACACCCUGUGUGGUGAGGGGGCUGAGGACGAGCCCAGGCCCCAGGAGGAGCCAGGCAGGGUGCGAAAGAGGGGCGUGCUGACGUUUUCCUCACUUUCUGCCACAGACGCGGCCCACCCCGCCCGCCUCCUGCCACCCCGACCUCGCAACACAUCCCAAGUGCCUGAGUGCUGCCGCUGGUGCCUCACCCGGUGCCUGCCGCGGCCCCCUGGCCGGCCCCCAGGUGGUCCCAGCAGCCUGGCCUCACGGCUGCCCCACCCCUGCUCCCAGGGCUCGAGCACAUUUGCACCCCGUACAGUUCGCAGCCGAGUCCUGGCCUUAGAAACCCAUUCUCGUUCGCGAGGCCUGGUCAGCUGCCUGCACAGGGCAGAGGUGCCCCCACCCCAGUUCAGCAACACCCAUAGUUUUGCCAGUCGCCCGGACACUAGUCGAACCACCUUAACUGGAACGCCACCUCUCCUUUCCACUUACCUCCCCAAACUUGUUGCUUUACUAGAUACACGCAAAUGUAUGUCCUAGACACACCAAAACUGAACAUGCCAAAUGAGUGCCUUUCAGAGGCAGGAGAGGAGGGAGGUCUGGAGUCCUGCCUCCCCCCCUCCCCUUUUCGGUGUUGCCUCUGGUCCCUGAGCCCAGCGCCUCCCGGCUGAGGGCCAGGGCACUGCCAGCCGGCCGACAAGCACUUUUUCAUGAUGUCCUAAAAGAAGUACCAGUGUGUGGCAACUGAAGAGGGAACCGCAGGUGUGAUCACAGUGCGAGAGGAGCGCAGGAGGACGUGGUGAUUGUACGCAAUGAAGUGUUUCUCUUGAUUUAAUUAAAUGCAGUUUUAUGGUUUGGUGCGUAUAUUCCUAUUUUCCAUUAAAUUAACUUUAUUUCUAAAGCAUAUUUUGAUUUACCAUCAAGAGCAAUAAAGCAUUGAAUCUUAUUUUUAAA